GCAGCUCGGGCUGAAAAACGCACCGAGGGACACACAUGCGGUCACCACCGCACAUACAGAUCUGUGUUUCAUUUGCUUUCAUUGCUUCUCCAGGAGUUUGAUUUAAAGCCGCAGACCGGCGGAGCUCUCAGUGCCAGACAGGACGGAGAGCCGAAGUUCUCUGCUGAAGCGCAGCAACAUUUCUGGUGAAAGUUGGAUUAUAGCGCAGAGAGGGAAGAGGCUGGUUAGAGGAUGAGCAUUUUGGAUGUCAGCGGAGCUCAGCGCUGUCAACGCUUCGCUAGAGUCCGUCGGGAGCUGGAGGUGAUCGAUGCCUAGGCUGUGUGGUGAGUGUAGAUAAGCCCCUUAUGAGGUGAAAAGCCCUCCCCAUCCUGCAGUAUCCCCUCCCAGCACCACCAGCAGGAAUAAGGGAUGUCAGGUCUGUUCCUCUUUCUGGCAGUCCUCAUUGUCUCCUGCAGCAUCCAGAUGUCUCCUGCUGUUACCUUGGAUAAGCUGAAGGAUGACUGGAACCAGUAUAAGACAGAAUGUGAACAUAACAACAGUCAAUAUCCCUCCAGCAGUGGUCUUGUGUGCAACAGGACAUUUGACAACUAUACCUGUUGGCCUGAUGGAUUCCCCAACACCAUCGUCAGUGUGGCGUGUCCGUGGUAUUUGCCGUGGUACAAUAAAGUUCAACACGGGAUGGUUUAUCGUGAGUGUGAUGCCAAUGGCCAGUGGGUAACUAAGAAAAAUACCAGCGAAUGUGAUAUUCAUGAAACAAACCGGCCUUACUAUGGAUAUAUCCGGAUCAUGUACACAGUGGGCUAUUCCAUGUCUUUGGUGGCGUUGGUACUGGCUCUUGGUAUCCUUAUAUUUUUCAGAAAACUGCACUGCAUGAGGAACAACAUUCACAUGAAUUUAUUUGCUUCCUUCAUCCUACGAGCCCUAUCUGUCCUUAUCAAAGACGCUCUGCUGGAGGCUAACCUAACAUUGGAUAAGAUCAGUGGAGAAGAGGAGCAGGGCUUUGUCAGUGAAUCUGUACCCCCAGUGGAGUUGCUGAUGACAGUUAGCUGUCGCACGGCCUUGGUGAUGAUGCAGUACAGCAUCAUGGCUAACAGCUACUGGUUGGUGGUGGAAGGCAUCUACCUCCAUAACCUUCUGGUCAUUAGCGUCUUCACAGAAAGGAACUAUUUCAAAGUGUACCUGUGCAUUGGUUGGGGUACACCAUUAUUAUUCCUCAUCCCAUGGGGAAUCUCAAAAUAUUUAUAUGAAAAUAAUGAAUGCUGGGAGCAGAAUACGGACAUGAGUAUCUGGUGGAUAAUCCGAGCCCCAAAUCUGCUUUCCGUCAUGAUAAACUUCAUUAUCUUUAUACAUAUCAUCAAAAUCCUGGUUUCAAAGCUUCAAGCUCACCAAAUGAGAUACACCGACUAUAAAGUCAGGUUGGCAAAGUCAACUCUAACAUUGAUCCCACUUCUGGGGAUCCAUCAGAUGUUCUUUAUCUUCCUGCCUGAUGAGACCACCAACGACACGCCACAUUUACAUAUCACUAAGCUCUUCAUGGACCUCUUCUUCUCCUCCUUCCAGGGUCUCCUUGUUGCUAUUUUGUACUGUUUUGUCAACAAAGAAGUGCAGUCUGAGAUCCUAAAGAAGUGGAAGCGCUGGAAACUAGGGAGGAACAUUGAGGAGGAAUAUCGCCACACCUACAGCAAUACCAACAAUACAAAGACGGGCAGUCUGCUGAACCACAUCCCUCGGCUUCCCCAACUCCCGGACAUCGCCAAAUCUUCUGGCCCGGUCUGCAGCACUGAAGAGCAAACAUGGCUUGUGGCUCGCUGCCACAAUGGUACGGUCCAUGGCAAGGAGAUGGACAACUGUAGCUCCCAACAGAACGAAGGAACCAGCAACUCCACCCUUGUGGAGGAUAUCAGCCUGUCGGAUAAGAUACACGAAAGAUCGGAAAGGGAAAGUAGAGAGCCUCCUUUGAAAGAAACAGGAGAGUGCGUUUUGGAAAGGAAGAUAGACGCCUUUGAGCUCUGAUGGAGCUCUGACUGAAAGCUCUAGUUGGCUGUGAAGUUAUGCCGACUGAUUCACUUGUGGAAGCAGUCGUCAGUCAUCAGUGUCACCAGGAGACAGAGCAGCUCUAAGCCCUGAAAUAUGACAGCAGUAUGGCAUACGUCCAAAUCCGAAUGCUCGGUGUGCUGUGGGUCUUGUGAAUGGAUUAUUAUUGAUGUUUGUCAUUUUAAUAUAUGAAGCUGCUGCCUGUUGAACAGAUGUACCAACAGUAGCAAGAAAAUAACAAGUAACUUUAAAUGAAAACACACAGAGUUGGUGUGAGCCUCUGCUUCGGUGUUAUCUGUUUGGCUAAUGUGUGUUUCGUGGUACUACAAACUGAACAUUGGACUGUGCACACAAAAAACAAGACCAAAUGACAGAAGAAGUAGAGCAAAUGGGAAUGCUUGUGUACUCUAUAUGCUCUACUCUAGUAUGUACAUAAUGCCAUCUUCAUACUGAUAUUAAUGAAACAUUACACAUGGAGCGAGUGAGAGAAACAAAAUUCUGGUGACUGAAGUUAGCCACAAAAUUGUUUUCAAU